UUUUUUAUUCCUUCGCCAAAAUACACAAAGACAAAACAUGCCUCGACACCAACAGCACCGCAGCCCGUUAAAAUCGCAAAGGAAAGCAUUGCUAAUGUUCUGUAUCGGCCUUGUGAGCGUGCAGCUUGCCUCAGCAUAUGUAGAAAAACAUCCGACUAGGAUGAAUGUCCACCUACGAGAAACUCUCUGCUUGAAUCAAAUAAAAAUGUGCGCCGCCUCGUGUCGAAACAAAGUGCAAAUCGAGACAUGCGAUAUAGAGACACUUGAAUGGAGCUGCAUCUGUGCCAGCGACAUCAACAAGGCUUUAAACGACUGGCAGUUCCCUAUCCCGUUCAAGUUAUGCAGAAUGAACCUCCUCAGCUGUAUCCAAACUUGUCAAGAGAAAGAAGAUCACGCCUCUAGUCAAGUGUCUACAGACGGCUCUAACGGCGUCUUUGAAGCUGAGGCUGAGAGCAUGCUAAAGCAGCGAUCGCAAUUAUCGCCGCCAGACCAACGCAUGAACGACGAUUUAGAUCAAGACGAUUGGGAUGCGAUCGAGGAGGUCCAGAUCUUACAGCGACAUUCAAGACUUGAGGAGGGAGCGUACCGUCGAUUCGGGGAAGAAGGAUACAAGAGGAACCUGCUGAACAUGAAGAAAAAGCAGCUCCACAAGCAUCUCUGGGCCAAACAGCGGUACGAAAUCAAUGCCGAACACUUCUCUAAGCAAGAAAGCGAGCUUGGUGAUGCCAACGUAUUCCGAGGGGAAGGCGCAUUGUUCACAACGAUGAUUGAUCCGACUGGGCGUCGCGAUGUGCAUUGCGUGGCGCGCUGUCAGACACAGUACUCUUGUGGGACACAAUCUGCGCCUGAGUACCGCGGUGUGUUGCAGAUCGUCAGGCCCGCGUAGAGUAUGGUAGCACAGAAAAGUGAUGAGCAACAAGAUAACGAGAGAGCGAUCCGACAGAGGAAAAUGCCGAUCCUUCGGAAGGCAAACAGGUCCACCUAGUCUCGAUCAGAGAUGGUUCAGGAUCCGCUAUUGCUCCUCGGCUGCUCUGUGCGACACGCCAUUUGCAAUAGUCUACAAAUCGUCUGACGAGUGGUCUCAGGCUGCUGGCAAUGUGCA